AUGGCUGAUGCUUUGUUCUGUUUUCUUCUAGGUGAAUCUGGACUAGGAAAAUCAACAUUAAUCAACUCGUUAUUCUUAACAGAAUUGUACUCCCCAGAGUAUCCAGGUCCUUCACACAGAAUUAAAAAGACUGUACAGGUUGAGCAGUCAAAAGUUUUAAUCAAAGAAGGUGGUGUUCAGUUACUGCUUACAAUAGUUGACACACCAGGAUUUGGAGAUGCUGUGGAUAAUAGUAAUUGUUGGCAGCCAGUUAUCGACUACAUUGACAGUAAAUUUGAGGACUACCUGAAUGCAGAAUCUCGAGUGAACAGACGUCAGAUGCCAGAUAACAGAGUGCAAUGUUGUCUAUAUUUCAUUGCUCCUUCAGGACAUGGACUUAAGCCUUUGGAUAUAGAGUUUAUGAAGCGCCUGCAUGAAAAAGUGAAUAUCAUUCCACUAAUUGCCAAAGCAGACACACUUACACCUGAGGAAUGCCAACAGUUUAAAAAACAGAUAAUGAAAGAAAUCCAAGAACACAAAAUUAAAAUAUAUGAAUUUCCAGAAACAGAUGAUGAAGAGGAAAAUAAGAUUGUUAAAAAGAUAAAGGACCGUUUACCUCUUGCUGUGGUAGGUAGUAAUACGAUCAUUGAAGUCAAUGGCAAGAGAGUUAGAGGAAGGCAGUACCCAUGGGGUGUUGCAGAAG